AUGAUCCAUUCCAAAGAGUUGGGACAUGAGACUUCCGGAUUGACUGAUUCUAUGACCAAUUUUUGUGGUACUACACCUGUUGGAGCUGCUGGCAGCGGCGAGGGUGCUGUUCACGUUCUCCGUUGCGUCGAAUGCGGUUUUGAAUCCUUGGUUCGACACCGGUUCGCCGCGCACGUGCCUUGUGCCACUAAGCAUGAAUCCUAUCUGAUCUAUGCGUGUUCGCAGUGUUCGGCCUAUUCGACCUCACAGAGUCUGAUGCAAGAACAUGGAGAACUAUGCCAUGCAGGCCAGCCACACGGUAAAAAUUCUGCAGGGGAUGUUCUAUUCGAUCUGUCGGAAAACGAUAAACACUUUCCACUCACCGGUGAUACAGAAAUGGUCUGCACCUCGCAGUUCGUCAUUGAGAAACGUGUUGAGAAAUUUAUCAAACCGUCUGCAAUAACGGAGCCAAGCCGCAGCACCGCAAACACCAUCAAUAGUGUGAAUAAUAGCCAACGAAUAAGCUCACCGUUGAACUCGACUUUCACCGAAGUUUUAUCCACUAACAAUGUCUCCAGUACAAUGGAUUUAUCCAAAGAUUAUAAUCCGCAAUCAUCCCAUUUAGAAAGUUCCAUGAACAUGCAAUCACCAACACCAUCCAUGAACGUGCAUAAUCGACUUCCAUUGGUAACUCGAUGGACUGAUUCGAUUCCCGGUAUGAAUUCCUUUACGGAGUUGAUGAAUAUGUUCAAUGCGACAAUAACCACCACCACCGCCGCGACCACCACCACCACCACCAACACAGGUGUACUGGAUCAAAGAAAACCAUCUGAUUGGCGUUUGGGAUCGGACUCUCUCAAUCUCGCUACACCGGACACAUCGAAGACAGCGUUCAGCAUCACUUGUCCUAUUUGUCAUCACAAUUGUCCGAGUGCUACCAUGGUAGGUGGACAAAGUUUGGAAGACUUGGCCAAACAUCUUGCCCUAGUUCACCUACUCCCAUUCCCAGCGAUUCUCAACUGUUUGUCUGUGAUUGCCCUCAGCGCUACCUCAUCUGGUCUUCCUCCAUCUCAUCCAACCAGUCCACGCUCACGAACGGACUGCUUAUCCCCAAUCAUUCAUAGUUUCCGAACUCCUAUGGCUCAUUCCAGUAACACGGGAUUAAAAAACGAUUCGGAUAGUUCUGAUUGGAAUAGUCGUGGUAAAACUAUCAACAACAAUGCGGCCGUCAGUGACACAUCGACUGAUUCGGGGCAUGCAUCAAACAGUGGAUUUCGAAACUUGAAACGCGAUUAUCGAAAUACUGAUAAACCAAGUGAACAAUACAGUUGGGAAGAUCGCUUCUCGAAACAACAACAACAACAACAACAACAACAACAACAACAACAGCAGCAGCAGCAGCAGCAGCAGCAGCAGCAGCAAAAACAACAACAACAGCUAAAAAAUCAACGCAGCCCAACCAAAUCAUUUGACUGUCCCCAUUGUGGUCGCGGUUACAGUUCGACAGUGCAACUUCAGCAACAUUUGUUGCAGGCCCACAGCGAUGAACUGGCCGCCAUGUCUAAUUUCGGUCGCUGGCCGCUAACUGCAACAAUACCACCAUAUUUUCCAGGAAUCUGGCAGCCUGCAAGAACAAUGGGGCAACCCUUGAGAGAUGCUGAAAUGACUGCUUUUAUGAGGCCAGAUAGUCAGAUGAUCUCGACAUCAUCCCCGAUUCAAUUCAAUUCAACCAACCAAAUCGUGCCCUCCUCCCCGUCUACCAUGGGCAAUGUUUGUUCAUUUGACCAGUCCUCGGUCCCUUCACCAAUGGUUAAUUGGCACUUGGCUGCUGCAGCAGCUGCAGCCACAGCAGCGGCAGCUGCUUUCGGUAUGCCAUUUCCGAUGUCAAACAGCUUGGGCUCGAUUAUUGCUAUGCGUAAUUCCAAUCAGCCUAAUUCCGCGGCGACUAACGACUCACGCAACCCGGCCACGCUCGCGCACUGUUCAGAGCCGAAGAGACCGAAAAUUCAUUCUUCUGAGACGCGAUCAAUCGGUGAGCAAUCAUUAAAUUUUAAUCGUAACUUGGAAACUUCCAGGUUAGAGAAGAGAGCGGAACUGAACAAGGUUCACUAG